AUGUCCAGAGGAGGGGAGAUGGUUUAUAUCCCGGAUGACUCCGACUUCAGCUCCUUCAGGGAUCAGUGCGAGAGCCUGGAGGGCUGGCAUUGUCGGUAUAACAAGGCUGGAGUGACCGUAUGGAGUCAGGGCCAGGAGGAAAGCUGCACCGUGCAGAAAAUCAAGACUCGGAUCUCCUGCAAGGAUGUCCCUGCUGAGACACUCUACGAUGUGCUGCAUGACACCCGCUACCGCAAUAAAUGGGACUCGAACAUGAUUGAGACCUACGACAUUGGGCGCCUGACAGUUAACGCUGAUGUGGGAUACUACUCCUGGAAAUGCCCGAGCCCCCUGAAGAACCGUGAUUUUGUCACCCUGCGUUCCUGGCUGCCCCUGGGCAAUGACUACAUGAUCAUCAACUACAGCGUCAAGCACCCGAAUUACCCACCUCGGAAGGAUUUUGUGAGGGCUGUGUCCCUGCAGACAGGUUACCUGAUCAAGGCGAAUGGUGCUGGUGCCUGCGUCCUCUAUUAUCUCACCCAGGUGGAUCCUCGCGGGUCGCUGCCAAAGUGGGUGGUGAACCGCGUCUCCCAGUUUGUGGCACCAAAGGCGAUGAAGAAGAUUUACAAGGCUGGACUGAAGUACCCAGAGUGGAAACGCAAGCACGACCCAGAAUACAAGCCCUGGGUGUACCCAGAGCAGAACACGCUGCCCAGUGUCAGCCUAGCCGAGCUCUCAGUGCAGCAUGCCGACUCGCUGGAGAACAUUGACGAGACGGGGCUGCCCGAAGACCACCUGAGCACCAGUGACCACGAGGCUUGA